AUGGACUUUGAACAGAUGAUGGAGCAAAUGGAGAGGCGUUUCCAACGCAUGCUAGAACCCAUUCAAGAUGAGUUGCUGCAACUUCGAGCGUCUGGAACACCAAAAACUUCUAAGUCCACACGAAGGCGAAGAGACGUGGAGUCGUCCGAUGGUUCCAAUAAUGAUGAAGAUGAUGAGGAACCUCGAGUUCGACCAAGGCAAAGGAACCAGACUGAACCUACCGAUGUAUUCAAGGAAAUCAAGAUGCAAAUCCCUGAGUUCAAAGGACGGUCCGAUCCCGAGGCCUUUCGCGAAUGGUUAUCCAAGAUCCAAAUGGACCAACUCAAGAAGUCUAGAAGGAGAAAUGGCCUACCUGAGCUCGUUCCAUGGCUCGAGCUUCGAGCCAUGAUGCGCACCCCCUUUGUACUUGGACAUUACACUAGAGAUUUGUACCACCGAUUACAAACCUUGGUCCAGGGCAACCGGAGUGUGGAUGAGUACCACAAGGAGAUGGAGAUCCUAAUGCUUAGAGCAGAUGUACAGGAGGAUCCUGAAGCCACCAUGGCGAGAUUCUUGAGCGGGUUACGACCUGAUAUUGCUGAACGAGUGGAACUUCAACAUUAUAUGGAGUUGCAUGAGCUUGUAGACAAGGCUAUUAAGGUCGAGCAAAGGCUCAAGAGGAGGGGUACCACUCGAUCGAAUUUCGGCAAUACCACCUACUCUACCAACCGCCCAUUCCAACCAAGGAAUGAUUCUUGGCCUUCACCAAAUGCUCAUACUCCAAAGCCGAGAUUCGAGGGAGGUAAGGUGGGCAACCCUAGUUUUAGUAAGCCGCCCUCUUCUACUCCAAAAUUCGAGGAGCCUAGGGCACAAACUAGGGCUCGUGAUACUCGAUGCUUCAAAUGUCAAGGUAGAGGCCAUAUUGCUAGUCAAUGUCCCAAUCAAAGGACUAUGAUUAUGAUGCAAAAUGGCGAGAUCGUGAGUGAGGACGAAGCCGAGUACGAAGGCAUGCCACCCCUUGAAGGAGGUAGUGAUGGUGAGUCACCAAAUGAAGAGGAGUUUAGUGCACUCGAGGGUCACUUUGGGACCGCCUUGGUUGCAAGGAGAGCAUUGACGGCACGUGUUAAGGAGGACGAGCUUCAACGGGAGAACAUCUUCUACACUAGGUGCUUCGUCAACCAAGCACUUUGUAGUGUGAUUAUUGAUAGUGGGAGCUUUCCUAUGCAGGCUAGUCACAUUAUACUAGGUAGGCCGUGGCAGUUUGACAGGCAGGAAUAUGCUGAUAUCUUUCCUGAUGACGUACCAAGUGGAUUACCACUGCUUAGAGGCAUUGAGCACCAAAUAGACUUCGUCCCUGGAGCUUCGUUGCCAAAUCGCCCAGCUUACAAGAGCAACCUGGAGGAAACUAAGAAGUUGCAAAGGCAAGUGGACGACUUGCUUGGCAAAGGAUGGGCACGUGAGAGCUUAAACCCGUGCGCUGUCCCAGCCAUUUUGGUGCCCAAGAAAGAUGGUACGUGGAGAAUGUGCACUGAUUGUAGAGCCGUAAAUGCCAUCACGGUAAAGUAUCGCCACCCUAUACCUCGCUUAGAUGACAUGCUUGAUGAGUUGCAUGGGGCUGUGUUCUUUACUAAAAUUGAUCUCAAAAGGAAAUUCGUGGUAGUUUAUUUUGACGAUAUCCUAAUUUAUAGCAAAUCUUAUGAUGAACACCUAGAGCAUAUUAGGGCUGUUAUGGAUGUACUUCGACGAGAGAAGCUCUAUGCCAAUCUCAAGAAGUGCAAUUUUUGCACUAAUGAGCUUGUGUUUCUCGGGUUUGUUAUAAGUGCGCAGGGAAUGAAGGUGGAUGAUCAAAAGGUGAAAGCUAUCCAAGAGUGGCCAACACCAAGAUCAGUGGGUGAUGUUCGGAGCUUCCAUGGACUUGCGGUUUUGGCGGUAGCGAAGGAGCGUAAGGAGCUUGCUAAGGAUAACACUAAGUUGGAAGCUGUGGUUGCUACGUUGGAAGCUGAGGUGACUCAGGUUAAGGCAACUAAUGAGAAGCAAGCCGCACGUAUCAAAGAGUUAGAGUAUGACGUGCUGGAGGUCGAGGACCGAGUUGACGACCUCUGUGAUCAGCUGAGGACUGCACACGAGCGCGAGGCUAAGCGAGCUCGCAAGGCCUAUCCUCGGGAGGAUCGUUUAUGUACGUACGGGCCUUGGCCAUACUUGACUGACUAA